UGAAUCUGCCCCUUUCCACUGCUGGCCAAAGUUCUCCCUUGGACAGACCAGCCCCGGCUCUCCUGCCCGUUCAUCAGUCGGAGUUUACAGUGCAUGUGAUUUAAUUUCUGGUAGAUGUUUGGUCACUUGCCUGCGUUUAGGUGCUUCUGCUGGUUAGGGAGAGAUUUGAGGCUUUGGGCUGCAGACGAAUCAAAGUGUUUACAGGUUCAAGUGGAUCGAUGGAGGACCCCCCUUCAGACAAGGUGACCGUCAACAACCCGGCAGACAUCACCGUCAUCAUUGGAUAUUUCAUCAUGGUCAUUGGUGUUGGCAUUUGGUCCAUGUUCCGGACCAAUCGUGGGACAGUUGGGGGAUAUUUCCUGGCAGGUCGCACGAUGACCUGGUGGCCGGUCGGUGCGUCUCUGUUCGCCAGCAACAUCGGCAGCGGUCACUUUGUGGGCCUGGCAGGCACCGGGGCGGCGAGUGGCAUCGCAGUGGGAGGGUUCGAGUGGAACGCUCUCUUCAUUGUGCUGCUGCUGGGCUGGCUGUUUGUACCCGUCUACCUCACGGCUGGGGUGAUCACGAUGCCCCAGUACCUGAAGAAGAGGUUCGGCGGGACCAGGAUAAGCCUCUACCUCUCGGUCAUCUCGCUGUUCCUCUACAUUUUCACCAAGAUCUCCGUGGAUAUGUUUUCAGGAGCCGUGUUCAUCCAGCAGGCUUUAGGGUGGAACAUCUACGUGGCUGUCAUCGGCCUUUUGUUAAUAACAGCCUUGUACACUGUUACAGGCGGCCUGGCUGCUCUAAUGUACACUGACACCGUUCAGACCUUAGUCAUCAUCACUGGGGCCUUCGUGCUCACUGGCUUCUCCUUUGCUAAAGUGGGAGGCUACAGCUCUCUGGUGGCCCGAUACAGCUCUGCCAUGCCGAGGAACUUCACCUCCAUGGACCCGCAGCGCUACAACAUCUCCUCCCACUGCUACACCCCCAGACCGGACGCCUUCAGCCUGCUGAGGGACGCCACCACGGGCGACCUGCCCUGGCCCGGGGUGUUAUUUGGCAUCGCCAUCGUGGGAGGCUGGUACUGGUGCACGGACCAGGUGAUCGUGCAGCGGUGCCUCGCGGCUCGUAGCCUCACCCACGUGAAGGCCGGCUGCAUCAUGUGUGGCUACCUCAAACUGCUGCCCAUGUUCCUCAUGGUGUUCCCUGGCAUGAUCAGCAGGGUCCUCUUCCCAGGUCUGUGGCGUACACUUACCAUUCCACGUCCCACCCAGAAAAAUGUGUCUUUACAGUGUGUGUGUGUGCGUGUGUGUGUGUGUGUGUGUGUGUGUGUAGAUGAGGUUGGCUGUGUCGUCCCUGAAGUGUGCAAGAUGGUGUGUGGGACUGAGGUGGGCUGCUCCAACAUCGCUUACCCCAAACUGGUGGUGUCAGUCAUGCCCAAUGGUUUGCGAGGUCUGAUGCUGGCUGUGAUGUUGGCCGCCCUCAUGUCGUCUUUGGCCUCCAUCUUUAACAGCAGCAGCACCCUGUUCACCAUGGACAUCUGGACUCGCAUCAGGCCUCAGGCCGCAGAGCGCGAGCUCAUCAUCGUGGGCAGAGUCUGGGUGCUGUGCAUCGUGGCAGUGAGUAUCUGUUGGAUCCCGGUUGUCCAGGCGGCUCAGAGCGGUCAGCUGUUUGACUACAUCCAGUCGGUCUCCAGCUACCUGGCCCCCCCGAUCGCCUCCGUCUUCCUCCUGGCCGUGUUUGUUAAGAGGGUCAAUGAAACGGGUGCUUUCUGGGGCCUGAUCGGCGGCCUGGUGAUGGGUCUGUGUCGGAUGUUGCCCGAGUUCUGGUUCGGCACUGGCAGCUGUAUCUUCCCCUCCGACUGCCCGUUCGUGGUGUGUGGGAUCCAUUACCUCCACUUUGCAAUCAUCCUCUUCUUCUGCACAUCUGCGCUGGUGCUGCUGGUCAGCUACUGCACGGAGCCCAUAGAGGACCAACAUCUCCAUCGCCUGGUGUUCAGUCUUCGCCACUCUAAAGAGGAGAGGAAAGAUCUCGACUGGGAGCAAGAGGAGAAAGGGAGAAGAGCCCGGCAAGCGGCGAAGAAUAACAAUAGUGAUGCUGCAGUGGCCGAGGCGAAAGAAGAAUCAGGUAUCUGUAGCCUGAGUGGUUGUUUCUGCGGAGGUCGCAGCGGCUCCCUGGAGCUGGAGCAAGAGGCCCCUGAGGAGACGGAGCAGAUGCCCGACAUCAGCGAGGCCCCGGUGUGGAAGUGCACCGUGGACGCUAAUGCUCUCAUCAUGAUGGUCGUAGCAGUUUUCAUGUGGGGUUACUACGCUUAACAGACUCCAGAGGAGGUUACAAAUGUGAGUUAGUUGCUUCAUGUCGCUGUUGGGAUGAUGCACUCAAAAGACAAAACGAAGCAGCGCUGCCACCUGUUGGUGAGGGAUUGUCUCUACACUGAAAAAUAACACAUUUUCCACUUUCAAAAGGUUCAAAACAAGGAGGUGGUCGAGCAGAAAACAGUCUCACUUCUCCCUGAGGCACAUUAGAGGUUGUGGUCCUUCAUUGCAUUUCUCCACUUUUCAAAGGCAUUGUCUAAAAAUGUUUUAUCAGGUUAGAAUACCAUUACUGUAUCUACAGUUACACGCUGAUUCAAUCACAAGGCAGAGGCUUCACCUUCUUACCAGCACUGACGUAUAAGGUGUGGGAGAAAUGUUCCAGCUUGGAAGCAAACUCAAUAAAGUUUCAAGUAGCUCUAUGA